AUGAAGAAAAUUAUAACGCUGAAGAAUCUAUUCCUCAUUAUCCUGGUAUACAUAUUUAGCGAGAAAAAAGACCUGCGUUGUAAUGUGAUAAAGGGAAAUAAUAUUAAGGAUGAUGAAGAUAAGAGAUUCCACUUAUUUUAUUAUUCCCACAACCUUUUUAAGACACCCGAAACAAAAGAAAAGAAGAAUAAAAAGGAGUGCUUUUAUAAAAAUGGUGGUAUUUAUAAUUUAUCUAAAGAAAUAAGGAUGAGAAAGGAUACAUCCGUAAAAAUAAAACAAAGAACAUGUCCCUUUCAUAAAGAAGGAAGUUCAUUUGAAAUGGGUUCAAAGAAUAUUACAUGUUUUUAUCCUAUCGUAGGGAAGAAGGAAAGGAAAACACUGGACACAAUUAUUAUAAAAAAGAAUGUAACAAAUGAUCAUGUUGUUAGUAGUGAUAUGCAUUCCAAUGUACAAGAAAAAAAUAUGAUAUUAAUAAGAAAUAUAGAUAAAGAAAAUAAAAAUGAUAUACAAAAUGUUGAGGAAAAAAUACAAAGGGAUACAUACGAAAAUAAAGAUUAUGAAAGUGAUGAUACACUUAUAGAAUGGUUUGAUGAUAAUACAAAUGAAGAAAACUUUUUACUAACUUUUUUAAAAAGGUGCUUGAUGAAAAUAUUUUCUUCACCCAAAAGAAAAAAAACUGUAGUACAAAAAAAACAUAAGUCUAAUUUUUUUAUAAACAGUUCGUUGAAAUAUAUAUAUAUGUAUUUAACCCCCUCGGAUAGCUUUAACCUAGUACGUCGAAACAGAAAUUUGGAUGAGGAAGACAUGUCGCCCAGGGAUAAUUUUGUAAUAGAUGAUGAGGAAGAAGAGGAGGAGGAAGAAGAAGAGGAAGAGGAAGAAGAGGAAGAAGAAGAAGAAGAGGAGGAGGAAGAAUAUGAUGAUUAUGUUUAUGAAGAAAGUGGGGAUGAAACAGAAGAACAAUUACAAGAGGAACAUCAGGAAGAAGUAGGUGCUGAAUCUUCAGAAGAAAGUUUUAAUGAUGAGGAUGAAGAUUCUGUAGAAGCACGGGAUGGAGAUAUGAUAAGAGUUGACGAAUAUUAUGAAGACCAAGAUGGUGAUACUUAUGAUAGUACAAUAAAAAAUGAAGAUGUAGAUGAAGAGGUAGGUGAAGAGGUAGGUGAAGAGGUAGGUGAAGAGGUAGGUGAAGAGGUAGGUGAAGAGGUAGGUGAAGAGGUAGGUGAAGAGGUAGGUGAAGAGGUAGGUGAAGAAGAAGGUGAAGAGGUAGGUGAAGGGGUAGGUGAAGAGGUAGGUGAAGAAGAAGGUGAAGAGGUAGGUGAAGAAGAAGGUGAAUAUGUAGAUGAAAAAGAAAGGCAAGGUGAAAUAUAUCCAUUUGGUGAUGAAGAAGAAAAAGAUGAAGGUGGAGAAAGUUUUACCUAUGAAAAGAGCGAGGUUGAUAAAACAGAUUUGUUUAAAUUUAUAGAAGGGGGUGAAGGAGAUGAUGUAUAUAAAGUGGAUGGUUCCAAAGUUUUAUUAGAUGAUGAUACAAUUAGUAGAGUAUCUAAAAAACAUACUGCACGAGAUGGUGAAUAUGGUGAAUAUGGUGAAGCUGUCGAAGAUGGAGAAAAUGUUAUAAAAAUAAUUAGAAGUGUGUUACAAAGUGGUGCAUUACCAAGUGUAGGUGUUGAUGAGUUAGAUAAAAUCGAUUUGUCAUAUGAAACAACAGAAAGUGGAGAUACUGCUGUAUCCGAAGAUUCAUAUGAUAAAUAUGCAUCUAAUAAUACAAAUAAAGAAUACGUUUGUGAUUUUACAGAUCAAUUAAAACCAACAGAAAGUGGUCCUAAAGUAAAAAAAUGUGAAGUAAAAGUUAAUGAGCCAUUAAUAAAAGUAAAAAUAAUAUGUCCAUUAAAAGGUUCUGUAGAAAAAUUAUAUGAUAAUAUAGAAUAUGUACCUAAAAAAAGCCCAUAUGUUGUUUUAACAAAAGAGGAAACUAAACUAAAGGAAAAACUUCUCUCGAAACUUAUUUAUGGUUUAUUAAUAUCUCCGACGGUUAACGAAAAGGAGAAUAAUUUUAAAGAAGGUGUUAUUGAAUUUACUCUUCCCCCUGUGGUACACAAGGCAACAGUGUUUUAUUUUAUAUGUGAUAAUUCAAAAACAGAAGAUGAUAACAAAAAAGGAAAUAGAGGGAUUGUAGAAGUGUAUGUAGAACCAUAUGGUAAUAAAAUUAAUGGAUGUGCUUUCUUGGAUGAAGAUGAAGAAGAAGAAAAAUAUGGUAAUCAAAUUGAAGAAGAUGAACAUAAUGAGAAGAUAAAAAUGAAAACAUUCUUUACCCAGAAUAUAUAUAAAAAAAAUAAUAUAUAUCCAUGUUAUAUGAAAUUAUAUAGCGGAGAUAUAGGUGGUAUUCUAUUUCCUAAGAAUAUAAAAUCAACAACGUGUUUUGAAGAGAUGAUACCUUAUAAUAAAGAAAUAAAAUGGAAUAAAGAAAAUAAAAGUUUAGGUAACUUAGUUAAUAAUUCUGUAGUAUAUAAUAAAGAGAUGAAUGCAAAAUAUUUUAAUGUUCAGUAUGUUCACAUUCCUACAAGUUAUAAAGAUACAUUAAAUUUAUUUUGUAGUAUUAUAUUAAAAGAAGAGGAAAGUAAUUUAAUUUCUACUUCUUAUUUAGUAUAUGUAAGUAUUAAUGAAGAAUUAAAUUUUUCACUUUUCGAUUUUUAUGAAUCAUUUGUACCUAUAAAAAAAACCAUACAAGUAGCUCAAAAGAAUGUAAAUAAUAAAGAACAUGAUUAUACAUGUGAUUUUACCGAUAAAUUAGAUAAAACGGUUCCUUCUACUGCUAAUGGGAAGAAAUUAUUUAUAUGUAGAAAGCAUUUAAAAGAAUUUGAUACAUUUACCUUAAAAUGUAAUGUUAAUAAAACACAAUAUCCAAAUAUCGAGAUAUUUCCUAAAACAUUAAAAGAUAAAAAGGAAGUAUUAAAAUUAGAUCUUGAUAUACAAUAUCAAAUGUUUAGUAAAUUUUUUAAAUUCAAUACACAGAAUGCAAAGUAUUUAAAUUUAUAUCCAUAUUAUUUAAUUUUUCCAUUUAAUCAUAUAGGAAAAAAAGAAUUAAAAAAUAAUCCUACAUAUAAAAAUCAUAAAGAUGUGAAAUAUUUUGAGCAAUCAUCUGUAUUAUCUCCCUUAUCUUCCGCAGACAGUUUAGGGAAAUUAUUAAAUUUUUUAGAUACUCAAGAGACGGUAUGUCUUACGGAAAAGAUAAGAUAUUUAAAUUUAAGUAUCAAUGAGUUAGGAUCUGAUAAUAAUACAUUUUCUGUAACAUUUCAGGUUCCACCAUAUAUAGAUAUUAAGGAACCUUUUUAUUUUAUGUUUGGUUGUAAUAAUAAUAAAGGUGAAGGGAAUAUCGGAAUUGUUGAAUUAUUAAUAUCUAAGCAAGAAGAAAAGAUUAAAGGAUGUAAUUUCCAUGAAUCUAAAUUAGAUUAUUUCAAUGAAAACAUUUCUAGUGAUACACAUGAAUGUACAUUGCAUGCAUAUGAAAAUGAUAUAAUUGGAUUUAAUUGUUUAGAAACUACUCAUCCUAAUGAGGUUGAGGUUGAAGUUGAAGAUGCUGAAAUAUAUCUUCAACCUGAGAAUUGUUUUAAUAAUGUAUAUAAAGGAUUGAAUUCUGUUGAUAUUACUACUAUAUUAAAAAAUGCACAAACAUAUAAUAUAAAUAAUAAGAAAACACCUACCUUUUUAAAAAUUCCACCAUAUAAUUUAUUAGAAGAUGUCGAAAUUAGUUGCCAAUGUACUAUUAAACAAGUUGUUAAAAAAAUAAAAGUUAUUAUAACCAAAAAUGAUACAGUAUUAUUAAAAAGAGAAGUGCAAUCUGAGUCUACAUUAGAUGAUAAAAUAUAUAAAUGUGAACAUGAAAAUUUUAUUAAUCCAAGAGUAAAUAAAACAUUUGAUGAAAAUGUAGAAUAUACAUGUAAUAUAAAAAUAGAGAAUUUCUUUAAUUAUAUUCAAAUAUUUUGUCCAGCCAAAGAUCUUGGUAUUUAUAAAAAUAUACAAAUGUAUUAUGAUAUUGUAAAACCAACAAGAGUACCACAAUUUAAAAAAUUUAAUAAUGAAGAAUUACAUAAAUUAAUUCCUAAUUCAGAAAUGUUACAUAAAACAAAAGAAAUGUUAAUUUUAUAUAAUGAAGAAAAAGUGGAUCUAUUACAUUUUUAUGUAUUCUUACCAAUAUAUAUAAAAGACAUAUAUGAAUUCAAUAUAGUAUGUGAUAAUUCAAAAACAAUGUGGAAAAAUCAAUUAGGAGGAAAAGUUAUAUAUCAUAUUACUGUUUCAAAAAGAGAGCAGAAAGUAAAAGGUUGUUCAUUUGAUAAUGAACAUGCACAUAUGUUUAGUUAUAAUAAAACUAAUGUAAAAAAUUGUAUUAUAGAUGCUAAACCUAAAGAUUUGAUAGGUUUCGUUUGUCCCUCUGGUACCUUAAAAUUAACAAAUUGUUUUAAAGAUGCAAUAGUACAUACAAAUUUAACAAAUAUUAAUGGUAUACUUUAUUUAAAAAAUAAUUUGGCUAACUUUACAUAUAAACAUCAAUUUAAUUAUAUGGAAAUACCAGCUUUAAUGGAUAAUGAUAUAUCAUUUAAAUGUAUAUGUGUUGAUUUAAAAAAAAAAAAAUAUAAUGUCAAAUCACCAUUAGGACCUAAAGUUUUACGUGCUCUUUAUAAAAAAUUAAAUAUAAAAUUUGAUAAUUAUGUUACUGGCACUGAUCAAAAUAAAUAUCUUAUGACAUAUAUGGAUUUACAUUUAUCUCAUAAACGUAAUUAUUUAAAGGAAUUAUUUCAUGAUUUAGGUAAAAAAAAACCAGCAGAUACAGAUGCUAACCCUGAAUCUAUUAUCGAAUCUUUAAGUAUUAAUGAAUCUAAUGAAUCUGGACCUUUUCCAACCGGGGAUGUAGAUGCAGAACAUUUAAUAUUAGAAGGAUAUGAUACAUGGGAAAGUUUAUAUGAUGAACAAUUAGAAGAAGUUAUAUAUAAUGAUAUUGAAUCUUUAGAAUUAAAAGAUAUUGAACAAUAUGUUUUACAAGUUAAUUUAAAAGCUCCAAAAUUAAUGAUGUCUGCUCAAAUUCAUAAUAAUAGACAUGUAUGUGAUUUCUCAAAAAAUAAUUUAAUUGUACCAGAAUCAUUAAAAAAAAAAGAAGAGCUUGGUGGUAAUCCAGUAAAUAUUCAUUGUUAUGCAUUAUUAAAACCUUUAGAUACAUUAUAUGUAAAAUGUCCUACAUCAAAAGAUAAUUAUGAAGCUGCUAAAGUAAACAUAUCUGAAAACGACAAUGAAUAUGAGUUACAAGUUAUAUCAUUAAUCGAAAAAAGAUUUCAUAAUUUUGAGACGUUAGAAUCGAAGAAACCUGGAAAUGGAGAUGUAGUAGUACAUAAUGGUGUUGUAGAUACUGGACCUGUAUUAGAUAACAGUACAUUUGAAAAAUAUUUUAAAAAUAUAAAAAUAAAACCAGAUAAAUUUUUUGAGAAAGUUAUAAAUGAAUAUGAUGAUACUGAAGAAGAAAAAGAUUUAGAAAGUAUAUUACCUGGGGCUAUUGUUAGUCCUAUGAAAGUUUUAAAAAAAAAGGAUCCUUUUACAUCAUAUGCUGCUUUUGUUGUUCCACCAAUUGUUCCCAAAGAUUUACAUUUUAAAGUAGAAUGUAAUAAUACAGAAUAUAAAGAUGAAAAUCAAUAUAUAAGUGGAUAUAAUGGUAUAAUACAUAUUGAUAUAUCAAAUAGUAAUAGGAAAAUUAAUGGAUGUGAUUUCUCUACGAACAAUAGUUCUAUUUUAACAUCCAGUGUAAAAUUAGUAAAUGGAGAAACUAAAAAUUGUGAAAUAAAUAUAAAUAAUAAUGAAGUAUUUGGUAUCAUAUGUGAUAAUGAAACAAAUUUAGAUCCAGAAAAAUGUUUUCAUGAAAUAUAUAGUAAAGAUAAUAAAACUGUAAAAAAAUUUCGUGAAGUUAUACCUAAUAUAGAUAUAUUCUCAUUACAUAAUUCUAAUAAGAAAAAAGUUGCAUAUGCUAAAGUACCUUUAGAUUAUAUUAAUAAAUUAUUAUUUUCUUGUUCAUGUAAAACAUCACAUACUAAUACAAUAGGUACCAUGAAAGUUACUCUAAAUAAAGAUGAAAAAGAAGAAGAAGAUUUUAAAACAGCUCAAGGUAUUAAACAUAAUAAUGUACAUUUAUGUAAUUUCUUUGAUAAUCCUGAAUUAACAUUUGAUAAUAAUAAAAUAGUUUUAUGUAAAAUCGAUGCAGAACUGUUCUCAGAAGUAAUUAUACAAUUACCAAUAUUUGGAACAAAGAAUGUAGAAGAAGGAGUACAAAAUGAAGAAUAUAAAAAAUUUUCAUUAAAACCAUCAUUAGUUUUUGAUGAUAACAAUAAUGAUAUUAAAGUUAUAGGAAAAGAAAAAAAUGAAGUAUCUAUUAGUUUAGCUUUGAAAGGGGUUUAUGGAAAUCGAAUUUUUACUUUUGAUAAAAAUGGAAAAAAAGGAGAAGGAAUUAGUUUUUUUAUACCUCCAAUAAAACAAGAUACAGAUUUAAAAUUUAUAAUUAAUGAAACAAUAGAUAAUUCAAAUAUUAAACAAAGAGGAUUAAUAUAUAUUUUUGUUAGGAAAAAUGUAUCAGAAAAUUCAUUUAAAUUAUGUGAUUUCACAACAGGUUCGACUUCAUUAAUGGAAUUAAAUAGUCAAGUAAAAGAAAAAAAGUGCACUGUUAAAAUUAAAAAAGGAGAUAUUUUUGGAUUGAAAUGUCCUAAAGGUUUUGCUAUAUUUCCACAAGCAUGUUUUAGUAAUGUUUUAUUAGAAUAUUAUAAAAGUGAUUAUGAAGAUAGUGAACAUAUUAAUUAUUAUAUUCAUAAAGAUAAAAAAUAUAAUUUAAAACCUAAAGAUGUUAUUGAAUUAAUGGAUGAAAAUUUUAGAGAAUUACAAAAUAUACAACAAUAUACAGGAAUAUCAAAUAUUACAGAUGUGUUACAUUUCAAAAAUUUUAAUUUAGGUAAUCUACCAUUAAAUUUUAAAAAUCAUUAUUCUACAGCAUAUGCUAAAGUACCAGAUACCUUUAAUUCUAUUAUUAACUUCUCAUGUAAUUGUUAUAAUCCAGAAAAACAUGUAUAUGGUACUAUGCAAGUUGAGUCUGAUAAUCGAAAUUUUGAUAAUAUUAAAAAAAAUGAAAAUGUUAUAAAAAAUUUCCUUUUACCUAAUAUAGAAAAAUAUGCACUACUAUUAGAUGAUGAAGAAAGACAAAAAAAAAUAAAACAACAACAAGAAGAAGAACAACAAGAACAAAUAUUAAAAGAUCAAGAUGAUAGAUUAAGCAGACAUGAUGAUUAUAAUAAAAAUCAUACAUAUAUACUAUAUGAUUCAAAUGAACAUAUAUGUGAUUAUGAAAAAAAUGAAUCACUCAUAUCAACAUUACCUAAUGAUACAAAAAAAAUACAAAAAAGUAUCUGUAAAAUUAAUGCAAAAGCAUUAGAUGUUGUUACAAUUAAAUGUCCUCAUACAAAAAAUUUUACGCCUAAAGAUUAUUUUCCUAAUUCUUCAUUAAUAACUAAUGAUAAAAAAAUUGUGAUUACUUUUGAUAAGAAAAAUUUUGUUACUUAUAUAGAUCCUACAAAAAAAACAUUUUCUUUGAAAGAUAUAUAUAUACAAAGUUUUUAUGGUGUUUCUCUUGAUCAUCUUAAUCAAAUAAAAAAAAUACAUGAAGAAUGGGAUGAUGUACAUUUAUUUUAUCCUCCUCAUAAUGUAUUACAUAAUGUUGUACUUAAUAAUCAUAUAGUCAACUUAUCAUCUGCAUUAGAAGGAGUCUUAUUUAUGAAAUCAAAAGUUACUGGAGAUGAAACAGCUACAAAAAAAAACACUACACUACCAACUGAUGGUGUAUCAAGUAUUUUAAUUCCACCAUAUGUAAAGGAAGAUAUAACAUUUCAUCUUUUUUGUGGGAAAUCUACAACAAAAAAACCAAACAAAAAGAACACAUCUCUUGCACUUAUUCAUAUACAUAUAUCAUCAAACAGAAAUAUUAUUCAUGGAUGUGAUUUCUUAUAUUUAGAAAAUCAAACAAAUGAUGCUAUUAGUAAUAAUAAUAAUAAUUCAUAUUCUAUAUUUACACAUAAUAAAAAUACAGAGAAUAAUCUAAUAUGUGAUAUAUCUUUAAUUCCAAAAACUGUUAUAGGAAUUAAAUGUCCUAAUAAAAAAUUAAAUCCACAAACAUGUUUUGAUGAAGUGUAUUAUGUUAAACAAGAAGAUGUACCUUCGAAAACUAUAACAGCUGAUAAAUAUAAUACAUUUAGUAAAGACAAAAUAGGAAAUAUAUUAAAAAAUGCAAUCUCUAUUAAUAAUCCAGAUGAAAAGGAUAAUACAUAUACUUAUUUAAUAUUACCAGAAAAAUUUGAAGAAGAAUUAAUCGAUACCAAAAAAGUUUUAGCUUGUACAUGUGAUAAUAAAUAUAUAAUACAUAUGAAAAUAGAAAAAAGUACAAUGGAUAAAAUAAAAAUAGAUGAAAAAAAAACAAUUGGUAAAGAUAUAUGUAAAUAUGAUGUUACUACUAAAGUUGCUACUUGUGAAAUUAUUGAUACAAUUGAUUCGUCUGUAUUAAAAGAACAUCAUACAGUACAUUAUUCUAUUACAUUAUCAAGAUGGGAUAAACUUAUUAUUAAAUAUCCAACAAAUGAGAAAACACAUUUCGAAAAUUUUUUUGUUAAUCCUUUUAAUUUAAAAGAUAAAGUUUUAUAUAAUUAUAAUAAACCAAUAAAUAUAGAACAUAUCUUACCAGGAGCCAUUACAACAGAUAUAUAUGAUACCAGAACAAAAAUUAAACAAUAUAUAUUAAGAAUUCCACCAUAUGUACAUAAAGAUAUACAUUUCUCAUUAGAAUUUAACAAUAGCCUAAGUUUAACAAAACAAAAUCAAAAUAUUAUUUAUGGAAAUGUAGCCAAAAUUUUUAUUCAUAUAAAUCAAGGAUAUAAAGAAAUUCAUGGAUGUGAUUUCACAGGAAAAUAUUCCCAUUUAUUUACAUAUUCAAAAAAACCUUUACCAAAUGAUGAUGAUAUAUGUAAUGUAACUAUAGGUAAUAAUACAUUCUCAGGUUUUGCAUGCUUAAGCCAUUUUGAAUUAAAACCAAAUAACUGCUUCUCAUCUGUUUAUGAUUAUAAUGAAGCCAAUAAAGUUAAAAAAUUAUUCGAUCUAUCCACAAAAGUAGAAUUAGACCAUAUCAAACAAAAUACUUCAGGAUAUACACUAUCAUAUAUUAUUUUUAAUAAAGAAUCCACAAAACUUAAAUUCUCAUGUACAUGCUCAUCCAACUAUUCAAAUUAUACUAUACGAAUCACAUUUGAUCCUAAUUAUAUAAUCCCAGAACCUCAAUCAAGAGCCAUCAUUAAAUAUGUAGAUCUGCAAGAUAAAAAUUUUGCAAAAUACUUGAGAAAGCUUUAA